AUGGAAAAUUAUCAAAAGUAAUAAAGAGAGGCAGAGGAAGAGGAAAUAAGUUAUAGACAACUUAGGGAAAAUGCAUUGUAGAAAAUCACCUAAAAGUAACAGCAAUUUUCAGAGAGAAUCUCAACCUUCUUAUUGAAUUUGGAUUCAAAGCAUAAAGUGAUGACUGAUAAUUACUCAAAGUGCAUUCAAACAUAAUGCCAGUCACUUAAUGCGCAUAUCUAGCUUAAGAAAAAUGCAGAAGAUAAGCAGUCUAAGAUGUAUGCCGUAGAUGAUAAGUUUUUCAAUGAUACCCAUGAUAAGGAGUAUGUUUUUGCAAACCUGGAGGAUGAACCAGUGAUUAAUGAUUACAAUAAAUGUGUGGACACUUGUGGUAAAUCUCUUCAUAUGAUGAGAUUCGAAUUGGAGUAUCAGCUUAGAGAAUUUCAUUUGAACUUCAAUGAGUGCUUCUACUUCUGCAGACUAGAUACAAGCAACACUAUUGGGUGUAACUACAGAUGCUUUGAUGUAUAUAAUCAAGUAUUCAAUGAUGUCGAGUUAAAGCUAAACAGUGAGUAUGAUAAAUACAUCUAGAAUAUUGUGUGA